AGGUAUUUUCAUCGCCGGGGCCGCUGUGAGGGGCGAAGCCUGGGGCCCUGCCUCGGCCACCGUGCAGGCGGCAGGAGGCGGACUUCGGCCCGCGGCCGCUCCGGGGAUUUUCGACACCGCCCCGGGCCAGCCGAGUACCUUCUCCGGACGGGCAAAGGGCGCCUUGCUGCGGGAGAGCCCAGCCCGCCCCGCUUCCCCUGCCCGGCCUCCACCGGCGCUUUGCAGGGACCGUGCACGGGCGUGCGAGUAAGUGAGUGAGUGGGGCCGGCGGGGGCUGAGGGGGAGAAGGGCCGGGGGGAGCAAGCGUCUCCGAGGGAGGCUCGGCAGGGAAAGGGGGGACACGGCCCAGGGGUGCCCCGUCCAGGCCCCGGCCCUUCCCGUGGAGCAGCAGCGACUGUGUGCCACAGGGCUGCUUGCUGAUUCUUGAGGAACCUUGUGAUGUGUAUGUUCAUAAAGGGGUCAUGAUAUACAAGGAUUCAGAUAAAGACAUUCAGUAAUAACCCAGUAAGACAAAAAUACAACUUUUUGUUGUUGGACAAAACACCCAAUUUUGGAGGAAAUACUGUAGGAGUAAUGUUCUUAGUAAAGAUGUUCUACUUAAUCAAAGGAGUUAAAUGUUACAGCCCUGUGAGUCAGAUGCACAAAGUAACAGGAGGUCUGUUUAAAGCACACCUGUUAAGGAACACGUUGGGCAUCAACGUAUCAUUCAGAAUCUCACGUGCAUUGUCUCAGCUUAGUUCUGAAAAGACAAACUCUUAUAAUUAUGUCAUUGUCGGAGCUGGAUCAGCCGGCUGUGUAUUAGCCAACAGGUUGACUGAAGACCCUCUCAGUACUGUACUAGUUUUGGAAGCAGGCCCUAAAGAUACCCUUCUAGGUAGUAAGAGAUUGAUGUGGAAGAUUCAUAUGCCUGCUGCAUUAACUUACAACCUAUGUGAUGAGAAAUAUAACUGGUAUUACCACACAACUUCACAGAAACAUAUGGAUAAUCGGAUUAUGUACUGGCCCCGAGGAAGAGUGUGGGGUGGUUCCUCUUCUCUCAAUGCAAUGGUGUAUAUUCGUGGGCAUGCUGAAGAUUAUAAUCGAUGGAGCAGAGAAGGGGCUGUAGGAUGGGACUAUGAACAUUGCUUGCCCUAUUUUAAGAAGGCACAAACACAUGAACUGGGACCAGAUCAGUAUAGAGGUGGAAAAGGACCUCUGCAUGUGUCAAGAGGGAAAACAAACCAUCCUCUUCAUCAUGCAUUCCUGGAGGCAACUCAGCAAGCUGGGUAUCCCUUCACAGAUGAUAUGAAUGGCUAUCAGCAAGAAGGAUUUGGUUGGAUGGACAUGACUGUACACAAAGGUCAAAGAUGGAGCGCAGCUAGUGCUUACCUUCACCCAGCCAUAUCCCGCCCAAAUUUGUCAAUCACAGAGAAGACACUUGUAACAAAAAUCUUGUUUCAAGGAAGAAAAUCCAUUGGUGUUGAGUAUUUGAAAAAUGGUCAAAGGAAAAAGGCUUUUGCCAGUAAAGAAGUUAUUUUAAGUGGAGGUGCCAUAAAUUCUCCACAGCUGCUUAUGUUGUCUGGGAUUGGCAAUGCAGAUGAUCUAAAAAAACUGGGGAUCCCUGUUGUUUGCCACCUUCCUGGAGUAGGCCAGAAUCUUCAAGAUCACUUAGAAGUGUAUGUCCAGCAAAAGUGCACCAAACCUAUCACUCUGUAUAGUGCACAAAAGCUGUUUAGCAUGGCAAGGAUUGGUCUAGAAUGGCUUUGGAAGUUCACAGGUUAUGGAGCCACUGCCCACUUAGAAUCUGGUGGGUUUAUUCGAAGUGAGCCAGGAGUUCCUCACCCUGACAUUCAGUUCCACUUUCUUCCUUCUCAGGUGAUUGAUCAUGGUCGCGUUGCUUCCACAAUGGAAGCUUACCAGGUCCACGUGGGACCCAUGAGGAGCACAAGUGUGGGUUGGCUGAAGCUGAAAAGUACAGACCCAAAGGACCAUCCAAUCAUUGAACCUAACUACAUGUCCACAGAAAGAGAUAUUUGGGAAUUCCGCCAGUGCGUCAAACUGACCAGGGAGAUCUUUGCUCAGAAAGCUUUUGAAAAGUUUCGUGGGCCCGAACUUCAGCCAGGAAACCAUGUUCAGUCUGACAAAGAAAUAGAUGCUUUCAUAAGACAGAAGGCUGAUAGUGCUUAUCAUCCUUCCUGCACCUGUAAAAUGGGUCAGCUUUCAGAUAGCACUGCUGUAGUUGAUCCCCAAACAAAAGUAAUUGGUGUUGAAAAUUUGAGAGUAGUAGAUGCCUCAAUAAUGCCCAGUAUUGUCAGUGGGAAUUUGAAUGCCCCAACUAUUAUGAUAGCAGAGAAAGCUGCAGACAUAAUUAAGGGGCUUCCGUCACUUCAGGUGAAAAAUGCUCCUGUAUAUAAGCCCAAGACCUUAGAAACACAACGAUAAACAAUGUUGUCAUCCUUUCAUACUUUUGCUGCUUAGUCUUUCAUCAGCAUGUUGGAAUGUCAUACUGGAUGUGCCUACCAAAUAAAAGCUAUGCAAAACAACACAUUAUAUUAAAGUAACCAUUAAUUUGAUCAAUUCUCUUAUAGAUGAUUAUCUAAUCAGUUUUUAAUCAGUUGCCUCAAGUUUCAUUUUAAAUAGGAAGAGAUUAAUGUGUGCUAUUUUGAAAACCUUUAUGAUAUGCCUUGGUAUUUCAAGGAAGAAUUUUAACUGUUUUGAGAGCAUUACCCAGGGUAACAGCUAGUCAGCAAUCUCCAUGGCUGAAAAGAAUGAUUAAGUAAGCAUUUAUUUAACUUAUUCACAGGCCAAAGUAGUAUCAGCAUUGAUAGGCGAGACACCUACAUGAUGUGUGCUAUUUAAGGGAGGAACACACAGUUUACAAAUCCUCACUGAAAGUUAGCCUUUAUCGUACCUAGCAGUCUUAACUAUAUAGUAUUCAGAAAGAAGACAUACAUUGUCCUUAUCAAAAAAUGAUUUUUUUAAUAAAUGCUGAACAAAAGCUAUUUAUAAAAAUAUACUGCAAAACUGGAUUUCCUUGCUUUUAUUGCAAGAACCCUAGUAGAAUUCAGUUUACAUUUUUAGCUGAUUUAGUUGUGCUGCUUUAUCGUGUAUCAUAGUAAGAGUCCGUGUUCCCAAUAAUUUCCUUAAAGUUACUUGUCUUUGCUCAAAGGUGAGUGUGUACAAAAACGAUUUCUCAGCAAAAUCAUGAGUCAUCUAUCACUAAAAUUCAUUAAUAAAAUAGAGCCAAGGUAGUUUUAAAAUGGAAGUUUACUCAAAGUAGCUGCAUUAAAUAAGGUAUCAAUGAUGUAGGAAGAGAUCUUUUUAAAUUAGAAGCCAAGUAAACCAAUGCUUUAAUUAGAACUUAAGUCUUUUUACUGUUUACAGAUGUUCCAAGCAAAUAAAUGAUCUUUCAUGGCUGUUUUCUGUAUCAGUCUUUCAGAUAUUGAUUU